AAAAAAAAACCUUUAUCACUUACAGUUACAGCAUAGAACACCCCCUUGUAAUCUAAUUCUAAAGUGUUCUGGGGGUGGAACCUUUGAAGCUACUUCCUCAGUUUCAGAAUUACAAGCUCCUAUCUUCCUAAAAUAAUGGCUUCGCUUUCUCUCAACGUGGUUUCAGUUCCACCAAGAACAACAACAAUCUCAUGCACAAGAACAAGGGUGCCUUCACUUCCUUUCUCAUUCACUAGGAGGAGAUUAACUAUUAGAGCAACAGAAACCGAUACAAAUAAUGUUAAGUCUCAGGCACCGGAUAAGGCUCCUUCGAAAGACGGUUCAAGCAUCAAUCAGCUUCUUGGUAUUAAAGGAGCUGCUCAAGAAUCAAAUAAAUGGAAGAUUCGCCUUCAACUUACAAAACCUGUCACUUCAGUCUAUUAGACGUAUGGGACAUGACUUUCCCAUAGUUUUUUACCUUGCCGUGGGUGGAUCACUUCUGUCAUACAUAUAUUCUGCUCCUCCUUUGAAGUUAAAACAAAAUGGAUGGAUCGGAAACUUUGCCCUCGGAGCAAGUUACAUCAGCUUACCAUGGUGGGCUGGUCAGGCUUUGUUUGGGACACUCACAUCCGACAUUAUUGUCCUGACGUUGCUAUACAGCAUUGCUGGAUUGGGCAUUGCCAUCGUCAACGACUUCAAGAGUGUUGAAGGGGAUAGAGCUCUUGGGCUUCAGUCUCUUCUGGUUGCUUUCGGUACUGAAACUCCAAAAUGGAUUUGUGUUGGUGCUAUUGACAUUAACAUUACACAAUUAUCUGUCGCUGGUAUAUUUAUCCCUCCAAUACUUAGAUAUUUGAUCUGCAUUCCAAGGUUCUUUUUCGUUUUAAUGUACAUUGUACUCUAUCUGGAAAUUAUUCAUCAUACUAAACCAUUAUUCUGUAUCUUUAUUAUUUGUGGGUUGUAACCUUGAUGACAGUUAAGUUUAGUUUUCCGAGAUAGAGUUGAAAUAAAAAUGCAUUUAAAACUAUAACGUUGA